UUUGACAGCCGCUCGAGAGACUCGCGUUCUUGCUGUUUCUUUGCCCUUUAACGCGUUCACCUCGUCUCCAGUCUUCUCGAUAACACCUUCAGUUGGGUUCUCGGGAGUGAAGGAUCGUAUCGCUGUUUCUAACUUGGGUGAAGAAAGAUAAGGAAACUCCUUGGGAUUCUCCAUACACCGAAAAUUAAGACAGAUAUUUUGUGAACUCAUCUGGACACGUCCAAGGAGAAUUCUGGGGAGUUUUUCUUUCUUUCGUUGCCAAGGAUGAAGCAGCACAGCAGGACACUCUGUUGAUACAGCUUCAGCUCCCUCCACUCUCAAAAAAUUAUCCACGAAUGAAGGUUGUGAGGGCUCCAUCCUGUCAUCCUAUUGGUCACUGAGGCAGUGAGAUCACAUGCUGCCACAGCAUGCAGGUGCCUACAUGUCCCACAAUGCACUCUGCCAGUCCAGGCCUGCUCCUCCUCAGCUUCCUCUUCUUCGCUGACGCUGACUCACCACCCAGGUUCACCAGAACCCCAGAAGACCAGACGGGGGUGCAGGGUGGGGUGGCCUCGUUUGUCUGCCAGGCCACAGGUGACCCCCAGCCCAAGAUCGUCUGGAACAAGAAGGGCAAGAAAGUCAGCAACCAGAGAUUUGAGGUUAUUGACUUUGACGACGGGUCUGGCUCGGUUCUGAGGAUCCAGCCCUUACGAACGCCGAGAGACGAAGCCAUCUACGAGUGUCACGCGUCCAACACAGUCGGGGAGAUCAAUGCCUCCACCAGACUCAAUGUCCUACGGGAGGACCAGCUCCCAUCAGGCUUCCCUACCAUCGACAUGGGUCCCCAGCUGAAGGUGGUGGAGCGAUCUCGGACCGCCACUAUGCUGUGUGCCGCCAGUGGCAACCCCGACCCAGAAAUCACCUGGUUCAAGGACUUCCUCCCAGUCAACACCACCAACAACAAUGGACGCAUUAAGCAGCUUCGCUCAGAGUCCUUUGGUGGCACGCCUAUACGAGGUGCAUUGCAGAUUGAACUAAGUGAGGAGUCAGACCAAGGGAAGUAUGAGUGUGUUGCUACCAACAGUGACGGGACGCGGUACUCCACUCCGGCUAAUCUCUACGUCAGAGUGCGUCGAGUCCCGCCACGUUUCUCCAUCCCGCCGGCGGACAGUGAGAUCAUGCCUGGGGGCAAUGUGAACAUCACGUGUGUGGCGGUGGGCUCGCCCAUGCCCUACGUCAAGUGGAUGCUGGGCACGGAGGACCUGACCCCCGAGGACGACAUGCCCAUCGGGCGCAACGUGCUGGAGCUGGGCGACGUGCGCCAGUCCAACAACUACACGUGCGUCGCCAUGUCCACGCUGGGCGUCAUCGAAGCGGUGGCGCAGAUCAUCGUCAAAGCCCUGCCCAAAGCUCCAGGCACCCCAGUGGUGACGGAAAGAACUGCGACCAGCAUCACCCUCACCUGGGACUCUGGAAACCCUGAGCCUGUGGCCUACUACAUACUACUGCACCGGUCCAAAGGAUCGGAGGACGCCUACAAAGAGAUCGACGGCAUCGCCACCACCCGUUACAGUGUGGGCGGGCUCAGCCCGUACUCCCACUACGACUUCCGCGUGGCCGCCGUCAACACCAUCGGGCGCGGCCCAGCCAGCGAGACGGUGGAGGCCCGCACCUCAGAGCAGGCGCCGUCCUCGCCGCCCCGCCAGGUCAGGGGUCGUAUGCUGAGCACCACCACAGCCAUCAUCCACUGGGAUGAGCCGGAGGAGGCUAACGGGCAGGUGGUGGGAUACAGGGUGUACUACACUGCUGACAGCACACUGCAGGUCAACCAGUGGGAGAAGCAGAUAGUUCGCAGUGCAAACUUCAUCACCAUCCAAAGCCUGACCCCCAACAAGACGUACUACAUCAGAGUCCUGGCCUUCACCUCUGUAGGGGACGGGCCCCUGUCCCAGGACCUGCAGAUCAUAGCCAAGACUGGAGUUCCAUCCCAGCCAUCAGACUUUAAGGGCGAGGCCAAAUCAGAGACCAGCAUCCUCCUCUCCUGGGUGGCUCCGCCGCAGAGCGGCCCUGACAACCAGAUCACCGGGUACGAGCUGGUGUACCGCCGCACUGACGACAUGGAGGAGAAGAAGGUGACCUUUGAACCCUCCACCUCGUACCUCCUGAAGAACCUCAAGCCCUUCUCCACCUACACCUUCCAGCUGGCAGCUCGCAGCAAGCAUGGCAUCGGGGCCUACACCAACGAAGUGUCCACCGACACCCCCCAGACACUGCCCGCGGCCCCUCCCCAGGAAGUCACAUGCUCUAGCCCCAGUUCCACCGGCAUCCUGGUAAGUUGGGCUCCACCCCCUGAGGAGUUCCAGAAUGGAGUCAUAACGGGAUAUUCCAUCCAGUACUCCAUCACGGAGGGGGAGAACCGUACCUCCCAGCGCGUGGACGGAAUCCCUCCAGAAAGUUCUCCAUACCUCCUGGAAAACCUGGAGAAAUGGACCGAAUAUGGGAUAACAGUGCGAGCACAGACGGAGGCCGGAGAAGGACCGGAGAGCUUGCAGCUGCUUGUCCGUACAGAGGAAGAUGUUCCCAGUGGCCCUCCACGUGGUGUAGAGGCAGAGGCGCUCAACGCCUCGGCCGUCAGGGUGUGGUGGCGGGCGCCGGCAGUGGAACUCCAGCACGGUCAGAUACGGGGGUACCAGGUGCACUACGUCAGGAUGAACUACGGAGAGCCCAGUGGACAGCCCCUCAUCAGGGACAUCCUCAUCGAUGAUUCCCAGUGGGAAAGCGAUGACGAAACACAAUACGAGGUGGUUCUGACGGACUUGCGGGCAGACACGGCGUACUCGGUGUCUGUGGGAGCGUACACCGCCAAGGGAGAUGGGGCAAGAAGCAAACCCCAGACUGUUUGCACCACCAUGCCAUUGCCGGAGGUGCCCAAACUGACUGUGAGCACCAGCAAGGAGGGCAACACCCUGCUCCAGUGGUUCCCCCCACCCAGCCCCCCCACCCCCCUCCUGGGGUACCGCCUCACCUACGGCCGCGCGGACAUCCUCCCCCCCACCGUGGUGGAGUUCCCCACCAAGGAGAACCGCUACACUGCCCCUGACAUCCACAAGGGGGCGAACUACGUCUUCCGCCUCUCCGCCCGCAACAAGAUGGGGUACGGUGAGGAGGCGGUGACGGAGGUGACCAUGCCGGAGGACGCCCCCAGCGGCUUCCCCCAAAACAUCCUCUCCGAGGGCGCCUCGGCCUCCUCCAUCCGGCUGGCUUGGAAGACCGUCCCCCUGAUCGAACAAAACGGGAAGAUCAUUAAGUACACCGUGCGGUACAAGGACAUCAACAGCAGGGGCAACGCCACGGAGGUUAGCGUGGCGGCGCCUGACUCGAGCGUGGUGUUGGAGGCUCUGAUGACCGAUACAGUGUAUGAUGUCAGGGUGUGUGCAUACACGGCCAUGGGCCCCGGGCCCUACAGCCCUAGCGUCCAGGUUAGGACCCAACUGCUGGACCAAGUGUUUGCCACCAACUUCCGGGUCAAGGCGUCCAUGAAGACCUCUGUCCUGCUGACAUGGGAGAUCAAGGACAAGAACCCAACCCAGCCGUUCACUAUCCUGUAUGGUAAGGGCCAGAGUGUUGAGGUAGAAGGGAAGCAAACCCAGAAGUUGAUAACGGGCCUGGAGCCAGAGACCCAGUACUCCUUCCUCCUCACCAACCGGGCCAACAGCGCCGGGGGCCUGCAGCACCGCGUCACUGCCGUGACCGCCCCGGACGUGCUGAGGUCCAAGCCCACACUGGUGGGGAAGACCAACGCCGACGGCAUGGUCACGGUUCAACUCCCCCCCGUCCAGACCAGCACCAAAGUCAGGGGUUACUAUGUGGUGGUGGUGCCAUUGAGGAAGCAGAGAGGAGGAAAGUUCCUGAAGCCAUGGGAGGAACCUGACCAGAUGAACCUGGACGAGCUCCUGAAAGAGAUCAACAGGACCAGUGUGAGCCGCGCCCUUCGAGUUCGCAGGCAGGCCAGCCAAUCAGAGCCAAAGGCUUACGUCACCGCCCACUUUAAGACCCUCCCUCUGGAGUUCACCCUAGGCGAUGGCCGUGACUACGGUGACUUCCGGAACCGCCCGCUCCAGAACGGACAGGAGUAUGUGUUCUUUGUCCUGGCGAUGUUGGACCUGUCUGACAACACUAUGUACGCCACCAGCCCCUACUCUGACCCUGUGACCUCAUCGGACGUGGAUCCCCAACCAAUCAUUGACGAGGAGGAGGGGCUUCUGUGGGUGGUGGGACCCGUGCUUGCCGUCAUCUUCAUCGUCUGCAUUGUCAUCGCCAUCCUCCUCUUCAAGAGCAAACCUGACAGGAAGAGGGCGGAAGCUGAGGGGAGGAAGGGGAGUUUCCCCUGCAGCAAGGCCAUGUCCUCUCACCACCCCACUGACCCUGUGGAGCUACGCAGGAUCAACUUCCAGACCCCAGGUUACCGUGUUUCAGUUUACCGCGGCUACCGCCGUCUAUCAACCAUGACGUGCCACCCGCCUGUGCCCAUGUCUGAGCUGGAGGAACAUGUGGAGCGUCUGAAAGCCAACGACAACCUCAAGUUCUCUCAGGAGUACGAGUCGAUAGAUCCCGGUCAGCAGUUCACCUGGGAGCACUCCAACCUGGAGGUCAACAAGCCAAAGAACCGCUACGCUAACGUCAUCGCAUACGACCACUCCCGCGUCAUGCUCUCCAGCAUUGAGGGCAUUCCGGGAGGUGACUACAUCAACGCCAACUACAUCGAUGGCUACCGGCGGCAGAACGCUUACAUGGCCACGCAGGGUUCUCUGCCAGAGACGUUCUGCGACUUCUGGCGUCUGGUGUGGGAGCAGCACACGGCCAACAUCAUCAUGAUGACCAAGCUGGAGGAGAAGUCACGGGUGAAGUGUGACCAGUACUGGCCCAGCAGAGGUACAGAGACCUACGGACUCAUCCAGGUCACCCUGCUGGACACAGUGGAGCUAGCCACCUACUCCGUCAGGACCUUUGCCCUCUAUAAGAGUGGCUCCAGUGAGAAGCGAGAGGUACGUCAGUUCCAGUUCACAGCCUGGCCGGACCACGGCGUGCCCGAGCAUCCCACUCCUUUCCUGGCCUUCCUGCGCAGGGUGAAGGCCUGCAACCCUCCAGACGCCGGGCCCAUGGUAGUCCACUGCAGUGCCGGUGUGGGCCGCACGGGUUGCUUCAUCGUCAUCGAUGCCAUGACGGAGCGCAUCAAGCAGGAGAAGACGCUGGACAUCUACGGUCACGUGACCCUGAUGCGCUCGCAGAGGAACUACAUGGUGCAGACGGAGGACCAGUACGUCUUCAUCCACGACGCCCUGCUGGAGGCGGUUGCCUGCGGCAACACUGAGGUGCCCGCACGCAACCUCUACGCCUACAUCCAGCGGCUGACCCAGAUGGAGCCCGGUGAGAACGCCACGGGCAUGGAGCUGGAGUUCAAGCGAUUGGCCAGCGCGAUGGCGCACACCUCCCGCUUUGUGAGCGCUAACCUGCCCUGCAACAAGUUCAAGAACCGGUUGGUCAACAUCAUGCCCUAUGAGACCACCCGAGUCUGUCUGCAGCCAAUCAGAGGGGUGGAGGGGUCAGACUACAUCAAUGCCAGCUUCAUAGACGGAUACAGGCAACAGAGGGCCUAUAUUGCUACCCAGGGUCCACUGGCUGAGACUACAGAGGACUACUGGCGGAUGCUCUGGGAACACAACUCCACCAUCGUAGUCAUGCUCACCAAGCUGAGGGAGAUGGGACGGGAGAAGUGUCACCAGUACUGGCCAGCUGAGCGCUCAGCACGAUACCAGUACUUUGUGGUGGACCCAAUGGCAGAGUACAACAUGCCCCAGUACAUCCUUCGAGAGUUCAAAGUCACUGAUGCCAGGGAUGGCCAAUCACGGACAGUUCGUCAGUUUCAGUUCACUGAUUGGCCAGAGCAAGGAGUGCCAAAGUCAGGCGAGGGUUUCAUUGAUUUCAUUGGCCAAGUGCACAAAACGAAAGAGCAGUUUGGCCAGGAUGGGCCAAUAACAGUGCACUGUAGUGCGGGCGUUGGGAGGACGGGGGUCUUCAUCACCCUGAGCAUUGUGCUGGAGAGGAUGCGCUACGAGGGCGUGGUGGACAUCUUCCAGACAGUCAAGAUGCUGCGGACUCAGAGACCUGCCACGGUACAGACAGAGGACCAGUACCAGUUCUGCUACCGGGCCAGUCUGGAAUACCUGGGUAGCUUUGACCACUAUGCAACAUAGUCUCUCCGGCCACAUCCCAAAUUGCACCCUGCACCCUGCGCAGUGCUCUAAGGGUCCCUCCAUUCCAGUAUGGGCCACUAGGGCUCAGGGUGUCAUUGGAGAUCUGGCCAUUACUAUCCAGGGACGAGGGGACCACUGGCUACUCCCCCCCCCCCCCUCCCCCCGAGAAAGAGCACCUCUUGUGAGCCAUAAAUAACUGUCUGACCUGGUAGCUGCCACAUCCAUGCUCCUGUUCCUACCACCCGCCCUCCCCUUCUACACACCAGGUCAGUCAUCAGUUUGUUGAGGAACAAUCUCCCACUCCGGUUCCAUCCAAUAUCCUGGAAAACAAUGGAGGUUUUAUUUCCAUCACAGUGCUGUUUCUCAGUGCCCAAACCACUUUGUUAUGGAAGGAACAUUCAUCUCCACCCUACAUGGUUUGAACAAACUGUUAGAACCGGAUUACAUAAAGUGACAGGAUAUUUAGGGAUUUCUCUUUGAGAAAAACAUAUAGAAAACCCCCAUUCUGGGUGAUUCACCAGUUAAAGGAACUUGAAGGAACAAGUGGGAGAUAUUUUGAAAGACUUUUGAAGAUCAGAAAUUGCCAACGCAAGGCUUGAGACCCCUGAACACACCAUAGUGUUGCAGAUAAGACACCUCCAAAUUUUGAAAAAAGGACACACCCAGUCUUUAUGUGGGAACAGACUGUUGUUUCUGGUGAAUGAAAAAUAUUUCUCUUUCUACAAUAAUAAUAACCACCAUUUCAACCGUUUCACUUUGAGAUGUGAACAUAUACCACAAAGUAAAAUAUUAAUUUAGUUUUUUAGUACUGUAUAGAUCUGUCAAUCUUGUUUUUUGGAGAAAAAAAGAAAACUGGAUAUUACAAUAUGUAUUUUAUUUUCAUUUUUACUGACCUGUGACAUUGUUCCCUUAAACAAUAUGAGGACAAGGUGGCAAAACGUUUCUUUUGUAUCCGACAACGUUGUGUGGGUUGUUUUUUUUAACUAUGGUACUGUUUUAAACGUGUACAAUCAAAACCAGUGUGAAACAAAUCCCAGUCAUUGACUGUCACUCUCCUGUAUUCUGUCACUCUUUUUUUGACACCAUCUCCAGAGUUGCUAGCUACUCUUGUCCUCCUAACCCUCUCAUAUUCUAUAAGUGUCAGUAGAGGUGCACACAGGGCAGCCAUUUAGAAUUGUUACAGGGACAGUGGAAGUAUGAACCUGCUGCUAGCAAACUCCAUUCUCCCACCAUGCAGGGAUGUAUACAGUGUAUACCUAUGGACGAGAGAGAGGCCCAGAUAUCAGAACAGUACAGAUUUAUGCACAGAAGUAGAGGGAUAGAAGCAAGUAUUUAUAUAUGUCCAAAUAAGCUUCACAAAUAUGUUUUUUUCAUUUUCAAUUGGGGAGGUAAAGAAGGGUGGAAGGAGGGAA